AGAGUACGCGAUCAACGGUUGGUACGUCUCCGUGUCUUGGGUAACGACGACACAAGAACAAAAAAGGAUUCCGUGAUUCAAGAUGACGACGAGGAGGAGCAAGAUCUGCCUGGGCACUUUCGCCGCCAUCUGCGGUAUUCUGCUCUUGGUCGGGAUUUUGGGUCACGUGUACUUUCCGUCCAUCCUCAAGGGACAGGUGGCGAAGCAAAUGCAGCUCCGCGAAGGCUCCGAGACCCUGGAAAAGUGGAGCAACGUGAAGGUGCCCAUCUACAUCUCCUUCCACCUGUUCAACAUCACCAACCCGGAGGAGUUCGGCAACGGCUCCAAGGCGGUCGUCCAGCAGGCCGGUCCUUACGUCUACAGGGAGUACCGGCGGAAAGAGAUCCAAGGCUUCAACGAGCCGCGCAACACGGUGCAGUAUUUCGACCGGAAGAGCUUCGUGUUCGAGCCGAGCAUGUCGGCGGGCAGCGAAGAGGACACCGUCUACAUCCUCAACGUGCCCGUGGUGGCAAUCGCCGCCAUGACGCGCAAGCACGUGCCAGCCGUGGCAGCCAAGCUUAUCAUGCCCAUCGUGGACGCCAUGAUGCGUAAGCACAACCAGACCCUCGCCAUGAAGCGCAUGGCCAAGGAGAUGCUGUUUGAAGGCUACGAGGUGGCCCUCAUGAAGGACCUCAUGCGCCUGGCCAAGGCCUUCUUGCCCAACCUGAACAACCCGCUCAAGAACAACACCUUUGGACUCUUCUACGGGAAGAACAACAGUCACGACGGGCUGUACUCGGUGUACACGGGGGUGGACGAUUCGUCCAAGUUCGCCAAGCUGGAAGAGUGGAACAACCACAAGCAGUUGCCGUUCUGGAAGGGACCCACUUGCAACAUGAUCAACGGAACCGAUGGAGGUCAGUUCGCGCCGUUCGUCUCCAAGGAUUCCGAGCUGUACGUGUUUGCGACGGAUCUCUGCAGGUCGAUGCGCUUCAACUACGAGAGGGACACCGAGGUGCACGGCCUGAAAACGAUGCGGUUCACGCCGCCGGCGACCCUGUUCGCGUCGGCCGACGAGGACGAGAACAACCGCUGCUUCUGCACCACGUCGACGUGCCCCAGGAGCGGCGUCGUGUACGUGUCCACCUGCCAGAAGGGCGCCCCCAUCGUGCUCUCGUCGCCGCACUUCUACCUGGGCGACAACGAGUACGUGAACGGCGUCGCCGGGCUCAGUCCCGUCAAGGAGCAGCACGAGACCUUCCUCGACAUCCAUCCCCUCACGGGUCUGGUGCUAAGGGCAUCAAAGAGACUACAGAUCAACAUCGAUCUCAAGAAUUACGACAAGCUGCAACUGCUGAAAAAUGUCGAAGACACCGUGUUUCCAGUGGCAUGGAUUGAAGAGAGCGUCGAGCUGAGUCCCCCGCUCGCAGAGGAGUUAAAGCAGAAGGUGGAAAUGCCGCAGCAGUUGGGUAACGGCACCAUCGCCACGGCCAUGGUGGUCGGGGGCAUCGGCAGCUCCAUCUGCGUCGUCAUGGUCUUUCUGCUAUACUUCAAGAGCAAAUCUCGGACCGCUGGCAUCAGCUCCGAGCAGCUGCACACUCCAAAACACCCGUAGCGUCAACUACAGUCGUCGACCCCACCGGUAGCUUCCUCAUGACGAGAGCGGUGCCUUCAAGCGUGGAAGCUAUGCAACUCAUCUCUUUGCGCCGCCCGUCGAUGGCACUGUCACUCCAGGAAGAGACGCUGAAACUAGUCACGGGGCGAAAAACCGCUCACAGCUUUACACUCUUCACGAGUCUUGUUCGUACUAUGUUGUGGUCCUCAAGCGCAGACUGAAGCAAAAAACCACAUGAACAACGGGCAACCAGUAUUAAGUGCCGCCGACGAUUGGAAUGGAUGGACAAUGGCAAAACUUCUUAUGAGUUUGCAGGCACAUUGCGCCCCCUAUACUCCAUUCGCCCCUAAACUGUCAGUGCGGUGGAAACUACGGACUUGUUGGACCAGCCAUCUUCAGUCACGUGAUAACGCUUCCACCCACCACACCCACGCGCGAAGAGCGCGGUCCGGUAUUGAUGGGCAGGGAGUUGAUUGGUUCGGCGAGUGCGUAGCUUCCACAGCACUGUCAGCUUAGGGGUGAUCGGAGCACAUACAGUGUUUAAUUUUGACCAUGCCACUCUCUUGGUGUUCAUAGGGUUCAGAUGCAUUUUGAAACUUUACUGCUGCAUGCAUAAGUCCACGCUCUUUUUCUUCGCCUGACGAAGACAUCUCUCGGCAUUUUGUGUUAGGAGGACUUUGAACGCGAACGCUUACCGUAAAACUUAGUGCUGGGAACUUAUAAAGGUGCCUUAGAAGUUAGCUUGAAGUUGGUAGAGCACAGCGGAUGCACACACCAAGGUGCACGACCAAUCGGGCGAUGCAUCACUUGAUCUGAGGUUGGCUGCGUGUCCGAUUGCCACGUCACGUGACGCGGUGGAUGAUAAAAUACAAACAGCAGUGGUCGCCAAUAGGGCACGGCGUCAAGCAGGAAGUUUCCAGUUUGCAUUUUUAUUCAUUGUCUGCGUUUUUCCCCAUACGAAUCAAAUCAAUCGCACGCGGACUUUAACAAACACCGUAGCUCUUGACUUUAACUUGAGACCAUUCUUUUGUUCCUGUUGUGUAUCUAUGAACUUCCCCCCAGUAAACUAUAGACCAUUACACUUUUUACAAAAAGUAGCGUCCAACAAGAGACAAAAGCACAGUACAGCACCGCCUUGUAGCUUUGGCAAGCGGGGGCAGUUCGGGCACCAACAUCGAACAUCGAAAAUGGCAACUCCGAUAAAACCCGGUGUGCAGAUGAUACAAAAUUCGAGCCCUCCAAUAAGUGCUACCACAACAAGAUGCAACAAUAAAUUCGCUGGACCAUAUUGAAACACGUGCGAGCAAAGCGACGGUCAUACCGGACCAACAGCCAUGACGUCAGCAACCACCUAAGUGACGGCUCGUGGGAUAGCUCCGACUCUUAAUGUAAAGUGCGUAUCAGGAAACAUCAGCGAUGCAGGUCAUCGACGGCGAACUGCUUCUGCUCUGUAUGCUAACAUCUAUUCCUUCUACCGGUUUUCCCCCCUAGUAUAGUAUAUUAUUGUUUAGUUACGAGCGAGCCAGUGUUGCCUAUCGAAACCUACGUCGUCACUGAAGGAUCAUCUAUGAAGCACUUCCGUCAAUUGUUGCUCUUCGGGACCAAGGGACCACCAUGGAUGCACCAGACUCUUUCACAUGUGCCUAAUAUUGACCGUUCAUACCUCAUGUCGGUGUCGCGUCCACGUCACGCCAACAGGCCUGCUGGAAGGCUAUAGGAUUCAUUAAACUUUCAUUGUUUGAGA